UGCUGCCGUACGAUCAUCCGUCGUGUACCCGUUCGCAUGUUUUUUCAAUUUUUUGCGCCCACGCGUCGUGACCGUUUGUUUUUUGCACAUGUCGAUGUUCAUUGUUCACGUCUAACUGGUGACAGCGCGUCGGCGCGCCUCCCGCCGGUUGUGAAAGUCCCGAAAACCAAAAGGCGCAUAUACCCUUUCCGCGUACUACACAACACGGUGUACGGUGCCCGUGGGUGCUGCGGCUGGUGCUCGACAGAAGGAGGAGGCAUGGAGUGUGUUCAGUGUGCUCGUUUCAAAUUGUCACGGGCCGUUACCUCAGCCCCGCUCGUAACAAGGUCGCAGCGCAAGGCCCGUGUCGCGAUCGACGAUGACCGUACGAGCGUGUGAGGUAACAAGAUGGCGAGGAUGAGCAGACCCUGCUCCCCGAGCGUCGGUAUCGAGUCGAUCCCUCGCAGGAAGAAACCGAUAAUCCCAGAAGGGAAGGAGCACGAACGCGGACUGCCGGAUGCACUGAGAAUCCUUCGGCAGAAGGAGGCAGAAGCAGGCGGGCAGCAGCAGGAGGUGGAGGCGUCGUAAUAAAAAGCAACUUGACAACGACGAAUCAACGACGUGCGAAUCAGGACGAUGGACGAGAUACGUGGCUCGUCGUCGGCUCGCCGCCUCUCUCAGAUCCUCGAUCCUAUCACGCGGCUCGCCAGCGACUUCGGCUCCAACUCGGCGCCGUGCAGCCCGCGACUGGGCACUCGUGCGCACGAUGCAACGAGCGCUGGGUCCGCUGCUGCUGGUCAGUCAGGCCCAACAGCUCCCGGUGGCGUUUCGUCGUCAUCACGCGCAGGCCCGAGCGGCGCCUCGACGAUCGGCGGAUCCAGUUCCGGGCCCGACAGUCCACGAUUGUGGCCGCGACAGUUUCGACAGGCUCCGACGCCACCGCCACGGCCUAGACACGCAACCGCCACCGCAGUCACUACCGCCACUACUUCCACUAGCACUUCCACCUUCGUUAACAUCAAUAACAAUAAUAACAACAACAAUAACGCGAGUAGCGGCGCCGAGAGCGGUUCGGUGCCGCCAACGAUAGUGCACACGAGAGACUCGCCUUACGUCAACGUGUCGAAUCUGUUCUUCCACAAGGACAAGAGUUUCGCCGAGAGCGCCCGGAGUGCUGGCUACAUCGAGCUCCGCGAAAAACCAAAAUGUAGCCCGUACGACUUCACGUCCGAGUCGAGCGGUCAUGUGGAAUACGCGGACAAGAGAACAUUUGUCGCGCCGGUUCAAUCGGAUCUGGCCUACGAUGUCAGCAAGGAUCCCGGCGGACCACUCUGCAGAGGAAGGACGAACUACGAUCCAGGACCGUCCAGCGGCAGAGGCCACUUCGAUAGAACAUUCUCGUUCGACAGAACAUUCUCCGGCAGACAACCGUCAGAACAACCGCGGAUGUACGAAACGAGCAGAUUGUACGUCGAUCCGAGAACCGCCGGUGGCAAUGUCGACCUGAAGAGAGAGAAGUUGGACAUCAGGCCUGCGUACAGCACCUCCAAGAGCUUCGACGGCUACACCACGACAGUGGAGGAACUCAACUGGCAGGAGAGGUGUCUGGAGCUGCAAUUGGAAUUACACAGGAGCAGAAGUCAGGCGACCAGAGUGAGAGACAUGCUUCGAGAAAAACUCUCCGAGCUCGAGCAGCGGGUGUUGGAAGCGGAGGGCAGGGCGGAUGAAGCGGAGGACAAGGUACGGAUGAUGGAGGAGCGGUUGGUGAAGGGUGAAUACUGUCUAAGCACAUCCGGCGUUGGUUCUCCGCCGCAUUCGCUACCGUCUACUUCCGGUACGCAGAAUGACAAGAUCGAGGAUGUCCAUUGUGCCUGCAUUUCGAAGUUAGAGACUCAAGUCGAGGAACAGAGGCAACUGCGGUUACAAGAUGCCAGGCAGGUAGAGGCAAAAGCAGCGAGAAUAAAAGAAUGGGUCACUAAUAAAUUGAGAGAACUGGAACAGCAGAAUCAGCAUCUUAGAGAACAAAACAAUAAGUGCAAUCAGCAACUAGAGUUGUUACGCAAUCAUAUAACCAAUAUUGGACUUAAACCUCCCGCACCGACAAGAGCAUCUUUGUCUCUGGAAGUGGAUCCUACCUUGCGCAUCGAUCGUAGACGUUCAGAAAGUCUAGAAGGUACUCCGCAGACAGUGCCGGAGUGCGUGCAGAAUAUCGUUGCGGAGCCGCAAACGGGCACGAAGCAUCGGAGACAUUUAUCCGCUUGCGGUACCAUUCAACGAGGAAUUGCAGCCACGAAUAUGGAUUCAAGUCUGCUGUCUGAAGAACUGGCUGCAGCGGUGGAGAAUCUGGUGAUGUUGCCGAAUAUAUCCGGUGUCUCGGAAGCGAGCAGGGACAGUGGAAGCUCGGAAGCGGUGCAUGACUACGCCGAGAUAUAUACACCAAGCCGCGAGGGCAUGAAUUGGCUGCAGGGAGGGCAAGGCCCUCGUCCACCGACCCCGCCGUUGCACAGAUUUCCUAGUUGGGAGGCAAAAAUAUAUCAGGUAGCAGACGGCGGCCUUGGCAUCGGUCCACCGACAAACGAGGAAUCUGCACCUUCCACGAUAACCAACACGAGUUCGUCGAAACAUUCCCAGGCUACGGGACACAACUUGACAGCGCACAACUCUCAAGGCUAUUGCGAUAUUUCUGUUCCAGUAUACGCCACGGUCAAAGGACGUGCUAGUCAAAUCAGAUCCAUGCCUUUCGGUGACAGUUCCGACGACAGUUCGGACGGCGAAGAACACCCGAAUCAAACCGAGACCAACACAAGAAUCACGAAUAGCUCGUCUGAUAAUACGGACUCCUCUCUCGGUAGUGGGAGCAGUCCUUCAAAAAGUAUUAAAACAACUAGUAGUCUUAGCCCUGCAAAAAGAAGCUCAAGCGGCUCUCCUAGUAAAAGCGUAAAACGUGAUACUUCUCUCGAGUCAGGAUUGUCCGAGGAUUACGCAAUACCUCCUGACGCGCUCAGUUCGACAUCUCUGGAAUCGAGUAUGCCUAGUCUGCUGAUGCGCGUUUCCGGUGAAAGUCCAAAGAGACAGGAAUCUCUGGAGAAGACAGGUCACCUGGCUAAGUUGGGCGGCAAGUUAAAAACGUGGCGAAAGCGAUGGUUUGUUCUGAAAAACGGUGUGCUGACUUACUGGAAGAGUCAAAAUGACGUUAAUCGGAAACCUCAAGGUCAAAUAAUUUUGGACGAAGUAUGCAGGAUUAAUAGAGCUGAAGGCGCGGCCACUUUUGAAAUAGCCACCGGUAAGAAGACGUAUUACUUAACCGCGGACUGUAUUGCCACGAUGGAAGACUGGAUAAGAGUGUUACAAAACGUGCAGAGGAGAAACGCGACGAAACUUCUGCUCAGCAAGGAAGAUAACAAACCGACGAUACAAGGUUGGUUAACGAAAGUGAAGAACGGUCACGCGAAGAAGUGUUGGUGCGUUCUCAUCGGCAAGAUGUUCCUUUAUUUUAAGUGCCCCAGCGACACGAAUCCCAUUGGUCAAAUCAACAUGAGGGACGCUCGAGUAGAAGAGGUGGAGCACGUGUCAGAUAGCGAUAGCGAAGAGAGAGACGCCGAGUGUCCGCAUGAAAGAACAAUCGGUAUCUUUCCGACGCAUCAGGGACCGACGUAUUUACUGAUGCCGCACAAGCAGGACAAGGAUAACUGGCUCUACCAUUUGACGGUGGUAUCCGGAGGCGGACCGAGCGCCGGUACACAGUACGAGCAACUAGUGCAGAGAUUAAUGGAGACCGAUGGCGAUCCCAGCUGCGUGCUGUGGCGACAUCCUUUACUGCUGCACUCAAAAGAAAGCAUCACGAGUCCGCUGACUAGUUUAACUUCUGAAUCCCUGCAGACCGAAGCCAUAAAGCUCUUCAAGGCCUGUCAGCUGUUUAUGUCGGUGGCAGUAGAGCAAGCAGGUAUCGACUACCACGUGGUUCUAGCACAAAACGCAUUGCAACAAUGUUUAGAUCAGCCUGAACUUCAGUCUGAAUUUAUAUGUGCACUGGUAAAGCAGACAAGUCGUCACACGCAACACCGUUUGGGCGUACAGCAGCUCCUCCUCUGCGCCACGCAAUCGCUCUUCACCUGCGAUACGCAAAGUCCCGCGGCAAAUGGCAGCGGUGAAAAUGCGGACGCGCAAUCAACGGCCUCGACUUCUCACAGUCCUCCGCUCACGCAGGGCCACUCAACCUCCACUAUCUUGGACUGCAAAACUAAUCCCGCGCAGUACGUGCUUAUCCAAGGGUGGCAACUCCUGGCGCUCGCUGUCUCGCUCUUCUUACCUAGGAACAACCGGCUACUGUGGUACCUGAAAUUGCACCUGCAGAGAAACGCCGACACCAAAACGGAAUGCGGCAAAUACGCGGCUUACUGCGAGAGAGCCUUGGAGAGAACUUUACAGAAUGGCGGUAGAGAGGUAAAACCCUCGAGAAUGGAAGUGCUGUCAAUCCUGAUGAAGAAUCCGUAUCAUCAUUCGCUACCGCAUGCCAUACCCGUUCACUUUCUAAACGGCACGUACCAAGUUGUAAGCUUCGACGGUAGCACGACGAUAGAGGAAUUUUUGAACACCUUGAAUCAGGAGAUCGGCUGUAGAGACGUUCAUCAGUCCGGCUUCACGCUAUUCAGCGAUGAUCCGAUCGAAAAGGAUCUCGAACACUUUAUUGAUCUACAAGCGAAGCUAUGCGACAUCAUCUCGAAGUGGGAAACCGCGUUACGGGAGAAGGGCUCGGGAAAAUUCGAGAACACCAGAGUGAUACAAUUGACAUACAAAUCACGCUGCUACUGGCGGCAAGCUGCUAAAAUGGAAACGGACAAAGAAAGACUUCUGUUAUGCUAUCAAGUGAAUCAACAAGUUGUGCAAGGAAAAUUUCCUUUGAAUCGUGAACUCGCUUUCGAAUUAGCAUCAUUGAUGGCACAGAUUGACUUCGGGGAAUAUAACAAUGAUAAGGCACGCGGUAGCGGUGCCAAUCCGCACCAUCUCGUACUACAAGCGUUGGAUAAGUUUUAUCCGUUACGCUAUCGAACCAAUAUUACUGCCGAUCAAUUGAGAGAAUUGCAGGAAAAGCUGCAAGAAAAAUGGAUCGCUUUAAAAGGACGUAGUGUAUUGGAUUGCGUUCGUAUAUAUCUCACAUGUACCAGAAAGUGGCCUUUUUUCGGAGCUACCUUGUACCAAGCAAAACUGAAGCAAACCGACCCUGUAACUGUUUGGAUAGCAGUAUCUGAAGAUAGUGUAACGUUGCUCGAGUUACAAACAAUGGCGGUCAUGUGUCGUUACAAUUAUGCAAAUAUAGUGACAUUCGGUGGCUGCUUAGACGACUUUAUGCUUGUCGCUUGUCCGGAUGAGGGUGCGGCCGAGCAGAAACUUUUGUUCGCACUUUCUAAACCUAAAAUUUUGGAAAUAACACUACUGAUCGCUGACUACAUGAAUGCUCUCGGCCACGCAUUACCGGGCACUCCUCAAAUGAAUACUCUAACUCGCAACGGAUCACACCGGUCUAUCAAAUCCACUUUGAGACCCGCGACUGGUUCAAGCUGUCUUCCAACUCAACCUGAUAUAUUGAAAUCGACACCAGAUCACCAAAGACCUUAAUAAAAAAAAAGUCUGGGCGCGUUAGUUUUCGGAAAUACGAUGGGAUUUCUUGUGUACGCGCGCGCGGAAAGUUUAAGUACGACGUAUAUUUUAUUUUGUCGUUUGUAUAUUACAUAAAAACAACAUAAAAGUGCAGUAUUAGUAUUGUAUACACUGCGGCGCAAUCGCAGUUUAUGGCAGGUCGAAUAAUAUUUACGUUUAUGUCGUGUAUUUGUGUAAAUUAGUAUCGACACUUGUAAAACCGCAUCUCUCUGUGUAAAUACUUCAUACGGUAAAAUACAACAAGCUAUCCACGCGAAAAAAAAAACGUGCAGAUGGCUUGAAAGAGUGGUGACUGAAAUCGAAUCAAAUCGAUUUGCAACUGCCUAAAUUAGUACGCGCGAUUACAACAUCGAAUAAUUUGUAUCUUGCUGUUAAGUAUCAAGCUGAGAUUUUUGCUACCGUAUUUAUAUACCAAAUUAAAAACUAUAUAUAUAUAUAUAUAUACACAAAAAAUAAACGCGUAAUAAAAAUAUUACGUGAACGAUGACGUAUUUACUUAUUGUGUAUAUAUUAAUCGGGGAUAUAUAUUAAAUGUUUAGAGAUAUAACGGAAUACGUUUUUUCCUAAUUUUUUAAUAAAUCGAACUUAAUAAAAAUGUUGCGACCAUGCGUCGUCGUUAUGUUAUAUAAUUUUCAAACGCACAUUCUUCUACUUCCAGUCGAAGUUUUCGCAUUGCUAUCCGAUUUGAAUCAGAAAUUUCAUUUCAUUGAAUUUGUUAGAUUUUAUUUUUAUUAAAAAGCAUGUACGCU